AUGGCCAGCUUUGAAGAAGUCCAGGACCAGAGCUCCGAAGAGGAGGCGAAGAACUCCUCGUCCCGUCGUUCGCGAGUCGUGAAGAUAGCUUUGCUCCUUACGGUCGGUGUUGCUGCUUCGGCGUUCCUGCUUCGCAGCACAAAGUCCUGCAAGCCGCAGCGAUUCGGAAACCUUUUCGCUCUGCAGGGAAAGUCUGCUGUUGACGUGGAAGCGAACAUCGCGAUGAAGGCAUCCACCUUGAAGAGAAUCAAAAACAGGAGCCUUGCAGACGCCGUGGUGCUCAAGGCCAUGAAGUCGGCGGGCCAGGAGAAAGCCAAGCGGUACAGCGAGCGUGAGGUCAGGGAGUUGCCUGCCAAUCCGGCUGAUGCUGCGCGGGAUAUGCUGUCAUACGAUGAGGUGAAGGCCUACAAGGCCGGCAAGAAGCAAGAUCGUCUCACGAAUGCCCGGACAGCCUUCUGCGCUUUCAAUGUCCUGGAAGCCUUUGUGUCAAUUGUGGGACUGGGCGACGACAUCAAUGGGAUUAUAAGAGUGUGCCCUCCGCCACGUGAUGGUGAAUCGGAGUUGGCGUGCCAAGUGGACGGUGCUAUCCUGGUGGCAUGGGUUGGCAAUUUGGCCGCCAAGCUGUCCUUCGCGGCCUCGAACUGCGCGGACUCCAUCUCGGUAAACGCGCUGUGUGGCGUAGGUGUCACUGGCCUCGUCUCAGUCAUGGGGGAGCUAGCAGCUACGGCCUCCCUUGCCGCUGCCACUUGCACCCCCACACCACCUAGCCUCACAACAACGAAGAUCAGCGUUCUUGGCGAUCAGACCGUGCGAGAGCGUCGUCUGAUGAUCGGUCAAGGGACGGUGGGCAAUGGUGUUCAGUGCUUUGUGGAUGUGGGUAUGGUUGCCAGCAACAUCGCCAACAUGGGUAUCUCCAUCUUCCAGGCCGUGGAGUCUGGCAACUGUGGACGCCUAGCGCUCCAGUCGCCCAUCAACAAGCUCACAGGUAUCCCCGAGGCCUUGUGCACUGUUGACAUCGGUGGUGCCGUGGCCUACAUCUCUCAGGUCGUCACCUUCAUCAACUUGAUUGUGGUGCACUGCCAAGACUUCCUGGAUGUAAGUGCUCUCUGUGGUGCAAGCAUCGCGGGAAUCACUACUUCAGCUGCUGCCAUUGCGCCGUACGGUGCAGCAGUGCAUGCAGCCUGCGCCAAGAACCUGAUAGCCAGGAGUCCGGAGAUUCAGGCCAAGAUCAACAGCCUCUACACAGUGCCGCAGGUGCAUCCUCGACGCUUGCAGGAGCUUGAGGAUGCCGUCAGCAGCCUCAAGUCGAUCCGACAGAAGCUUGAGCAGCACCUGGGCAUAAAUGCUACGGCCUCGAGCAGCGCCAUCUCUAGGGCCGAUUUGGCGAACAUGGUGCAGCUUAUCGAUGGUGGGAUGGACGAGGACAAGGCAUCACUGCGUGGAUCUUCAACCGUCGAUGAAUGUGAGGAGUGA